AUACAUAGAGAAGGAAAAAGAGCAAGUAAUUACAUCAACAUAUAUAUUAGCAUCAACGACAUGGCAAAGAAAAAGAUGGUGAUAAAAGUUACAAUGAGGUGCGAUAAAUGUCGGACCAAAGCUCUUCAGAUUGCUGCUCAAACUGAUGGAGUUGAGUCAGUAAAGUUGAAAGGCGAGGAUGAUGACGCGACAAAGGACCAGAUCAUGGUGAUUGGCGAGAGUGUAAACGUUGUGGCUUUGACUAAGAGCUUGAGGAAAAAGGUUGGAAAUGCAGAGCUUGUAAGCGUUACAGACUUUGAUGAAGAUGAAGCUUGAUCUCAAUUAUUCGGAUAUUGUAUACUUAAAUGUAUGUGACACACAUGCAUAUUUAUAAACAUACUAUACUAUUAUUACUAUUACUCGAUAUAAUUUAGUUAUCAUCCGUGGCCAAGUUUAUUUUCUAGUUUUCAAUUUUCUAUGUAAGUUUGAUUUGUAUGCGAAAAAGUUCAAUGUUGUUAAAGUAUUAUUAAUCUA